GUAGUGGUACGCGCUAGAGCUGGGUGUGAAGAUGGCGGACGAGGAGGCCGAGCAGGACCGUAGUCCUGAGAACGGUAUCAGUGAAACGAUUGGGGAACUCAGACAGCGGUUGCAACAACUGCAAGAAGUCGCGGUUAGAGAAAGCAGCGACUCUCCAGCCCACUCCUCUUCUGAGUAUUGCCAAGAGUUUUGUAGGACACUGCUGGAGUAUGCAGGCCGUUGGAGGAUAGAGGAAGAGCCUUUGCCGCUGGUGGAAGUGUACAUAGUGGCCCUGCUGAGUUACGCCCAGGCCUCUCCAUACCUCUCCCUGCAGUGUGAAAAUGUUACCCUUGUGGUUGAGAGGCUCUCACUGAGUUUUGUGGAGCUUCUGCUCUCACUGAAGAAUGACAUUCCAGAUGGCUUAUGGAAAGAAUUCAAGUCAUCUGUGCAGUUUGCUUACAUUAAGCUGCAGGAGAAUGGAAUCACUCAGCUAUCCCUGCUGUCUGCUCUGGCCCAGUAUGAUGGUGUUUGGACCAACAGAGUCCUGCAAGGCCUUCUGUCCAGUGAAAACCAACAGACUGAAGAAGUCGAGGAGUUCUUGGUGCAGGAGGGGCUGGUCCUGUUGGAGAUGAGAGUGAAGCAGCUGAUGAAGGAGAAUCAGCCAGGGAAAGCUGCACUGCUGGCAAAGACGUGCUCCGAGUGUCCUGCCUUCCAAGGGAAGGGGAAUUUCAAGCAGAUGUACCUCGUCUGCCUCUGUGCUACCUCAGAACAGGAUCAGCUCAUGGACGAGCUUUCAAAGGAGGACUGUCGCGAUGCUUUGGAGAUGAUCUGCAACCUGGAGUCGGAUAGAGACGAGAGGGCAGCUUUCAGCUUAUGCUCGGCCUUCCUGACCCGACAGCUUCUCCAAGGAGAUACAUACUGUGCUUGGGAGCUCACUUUGUGUUGGAGCAAGCUGCUGAAGCGAUUAGAGCCAUCAGAGCAGGCCUUCCUCGACAGAUGUCGCCAGAUGUCCUUACUUUCCAAAACCGUGUACCACAUCCUGUUCCUCAUCAAAGUCAUCCAAUCAGAGAUUGACAGCGUUGGACUUCCAGCGUGCAUUGAAAUGUGUAUAAGGGCUCUGCGGAUGGAAUCAGAAGAUGGAAACACCAAGGCCACUGUGUGUAAAACAAUUUCCUGUUUGCUUCCCACUGACCUGGAAGUCAAGCGAGCCUGCCAGCUGACAGAGUUCCUCUUGGAGCCCACGGUGGAUUCAUACUACGCUGUGGAGACUCUUUACAAUGAACCAGAUCAAAAACUAGAGGAGGAGAAUAUGCCUGUUCCCAACUCACUACGCUGCGAGCUCCUGCUGGUUUUUAAAACCCAGUGGCCUUUUGACCCGGAGUUCUGGGACUGGAAAACACUUAAGCGUCAUUGUCUAGCACUUAUGGGCGAAGAAGCUUCAAUAGUGUCAUCCAUUGAUUUGCUGAAUGAUACUGAGGACCCUGAAGAAGAGGAAGAUUUUCUCAGUCAGGAAAGGCUUAGGAAUGUCCCAGACCACUUAGUCAGCGGUACAUAUGAACUAAAUGAUAUAACGGACAAGAGACAGAAAAACAGAGAAAUGAAGAAACUGAGAGAAAAAGGUUUCAUAUCUGCCAGGUUCAGAAACUGGCAGGCAUACAUGCAGUACUGUGUGCUGUGUGACAAAGAGUUUCUCGGUCACAGGAUUGUACGCCAUGCACAGACUCAUCUGAGUGGUGGAGUAUACAGCUGCCCAAUAUGUGCCCAAACCUUUACCUCAAAAGACACAUUGAUUCCCCAUGUAACAUCGCAUGUUAAGCAGUCGUGUAAGGAAAGGCUGACUGCAAUGAAAACAAACAAGAAAUUGUCCGAUCCUAAAACAGCCGCCCCUGUUAUUGCAGCAUUAAAGGCAAAGACAGAAAAUGAACUUUAUGAAAAUGCUGAUUCCCUGGGACAGAAUGGGGUGCUGAUGCAUAAUGUUGAGUCCAGAGUGGAUAAGUGUAACACAGAGAGUAGUGAGAACAAUGUGUGCCCUGUUGGAAAAUGCAGGAGGAGCUUCAAAUUUUUCAAAAAUCUUGUUGCACACGUUAAAGCUCACGGAGACAAUGAGGAAGCAAAGACUUUCCUCGAAAUGCAGAGAAAAAAGGUUGUUUGCCAGUACUGCCGCCGCCACUUUGUUAACGUCACCCAUCUUAAUGAUCAUUUACAGGUACACUGUGGUGUGAAGCCUUACAUCUGUAUACAGUUAAACUGCAAGGCAAGUUUUCUGUCUAACACUGAGCUCCUUGUACACAGGAAAACACAUUCUGUUUUUAAGGCUAGAUGCAUGUUUCCAAAUUGUGGAAAGAUUUUCAAUGAGGCCUUCAAACUCUAUGACCACGAGGCACAACAUUAUAAAACUUUCACUUGUAAAGUUGCAGACUGUGGGAAGGUAUUCCAUACACAACAGCAGCUGGAUUUGCACCAGGAGAGGCAUGCAACCCAAGAAGAGGAAAGCCCGUCUUCUGAACAGACCUCACCAAACAUGCGGCCUGGCCCCUCACUUAUUGAACAGAUGCUUUCCAAUCACACUCCCCCUAAACAAGAGAAUUCCCAAGAAAACUGGAACACUGAAAGUGCUGUUAAUCCAAGUCAUGGAAGACUCCCAUUGUCCAUUGAGAGUUUGCUGAAAUCAUCACAAGCACCUGUAGAAGCCGUAGGUCAGUACAGAGUCAAACAGGAACCACAAAAUGCGCCUUUCUCAACCAGUAAGUCUCCAACUUUAAAUAACUCUGUGAUCCAGACUGUGAAUUCCCACAUGUCUGAUAUUAAUAGACACAGAGAUGGUUCAGGUGAUCAUUCUUUUAAUUACAUGAAACUACCCCAACAGGCUCAACCAGUACCUCAAUUUGAAGCUAAUUUAGGUAGCGUGUCACAUAACUAUAAUACAGAUGUCUCAGAAGGCCAAAUGUUCCCCAGUAGUGUAAAUACUGGAUCGGUGACCUACAACUCUGACUGCAACUUACCAUUGCAAGGGCCAAUGUGCAGUAGCAACCUGUUGACAGCAUCACCACUCCCGAACUCGAUAGAGCCAGCAAUGUCACAACCACUUCCUCCAACAGUAACCCCACAGCCACUAACUGGGAACAGACCAGAGAACUCUGUAACGUCCUCAACUAGCACAGGUCCCCCUCCGGGUCUGAGAGAGCGAUUUCAUUGUGCAUUUGACACAUGUCCAAGGCACUACAGCUCUUACAGAAGUGUGACCAAGCACAUGAAAACGGUUCACCCAGAUUUCUACGAGCAAUGGAAAGUUUCUCGAACUAAACUUGAGAUAACCUUCGCCCCAGCACCAAGCACAACAUCUGUCGGACAUCUCAAUUCAGUUGCCUCACUUCAGAACCAGCAGGGAAACAGAGUACCAGUUCAUGGAGUUCAGAGGCAGAAUGUUAUCCAAAUACCUCCUUACGCUAUGAUGGGUACAAACACAAAGUAUACUACCCAACAUUCCCAUUCCGCACCUGCCCACAACCAGAAUGCUUCACAUGUUAUGGAAAAUGUUUUAAAUCCCAUUGUUCUCUCUCAGCUGGGCAGUGAUAUAAACCCAAUAACUGCACAGCCCCACAUUUCAGGUAGCCAAAAUUGGCACCCAGCCCCUGGAAGCGAAGUAAUUCAAAACUGUGGUUCUUCCAGAGUCUAUCAAUCUGGCAUGCCAGUGAUGCCACAAGUCAAUUCUACUAGCGCUGCUCUGCCACUUGGUGUCUCAUCUUGCUCUGUCAUGGGAUCAACAAUGAACAGACCAGCAGAUUCUUUGCAGUCACCACUUGUGGAAAACAGGUCUCAGUCAGUUUUGCCCAUGUACAUGGACUGUGCUGAGCAAGUGUCACAACAAGCGGAAGACCCCCUUGCGCCAUAUACAUCACAGAUGCAAAGUAGUUUAUUGUCCGGUUCAAGGGCCCCAGAAAAAAUUAAACCAAUGCAAAAUCCUGUGCAGCCCAGUUUUCCCUCUCCAGACAGUGCAAGCCAAAAGAACAGUCAACAAUCAAUCAAUCAACAGAAAGGCCCAGUUGACUCUGAAAGCAGUGCUGAAAAUCAAAAGCGAGCCAAAAGAAACAGAAGGACCAAGUGGCCAGCUAUUCUUAAGGAUGGGAAAUUUAUUUGUCGCAGGUGUUUUAGACAAUUUAAUAGUCCCAAAUCCCUCGGAGGCCAUUUGUCAAAGCGUGCAAUCUGUAAACCAUAUGACGAGUCGGAACUCAACACAGACCUGCCAGCAUCGUUUCUAGAUCUUCUAAAUUCAGAACAAACUGUUAGCAGCGCUCAGCCACAGUUGUCUUAUAGUCCCACUGCUGUUGGUCCUACAGCCACAAAAGACUACCCCACUCUGAAAUAUCCACAAGAUAAUUUGCCAGUAUAUGGGAAUGGUGAGUCAAACGAUGACAUUCUUAAACAAAUCAUGGCUGAAUCCAACAUGUCAGAUCUUUUUGUGCAUACGCCUGCUUCCCUGCUAUCGCUCCAAAACCCUUGUGGUCCCUAUGUAGCUGGUGAACGUCUACCUGGGAAUUCAGUCAUACGUCAUACAGAAAAUGUCCAUAUGAAGCAAGAGGACAACUCUUACAGUACAGCACAUUAUCCCCAGCCAAGCGUUGAUAGAUUUGCUGGAAGUGAAUUCCCUGACCCACUUCUUACUCAAAUUCUCACAGAAAAUCCUUCCACUGCUGUUCCAGGAAGUGUCCCCACAAAUCACAGAGAAGUGUAUCACUCUGGAACUGUUCCCACAAACCACAGUGAGAGGUAUCAUACCAAUCAGACACCAGAUACAGAUACAAACCCAGUGAUGCAAACACUGUUACCUGAUAGUCAGCUUGGUCCAGCUACAAGUAGCAAGCAGGCUGAGACACAAAGGAAGGCAACUGAGCAAGAUGUUAAGAAGAGACUGCGGGAGCAGAUUUUGGCUGGCGACUUUCAACGUAGAAACAGCAGUCAUUUAAGCAACACUGACCCUAAUGCCAAUUCAAAGAAUCCCAUGUCCUUUGGCCCAAUGUGCAGUCCUUCCAAUAAUUCUGGACUUCAACCAAUGUCUCAUGAUUCAAACAGUGACUCAGCAUGUGAAGGACAAGUAAUUCAAGAAAACUCCUCUGGUGAAAUUGAACAGCUACUUCACACACAGAGCUUUACUAGCUUCAGAGAGACCUCUACCCCCCAGCAGGAGUUACUGAGCCCUACAGGCGUUGUGGCAAAUUAUGCAGAUCUUGAGCCCACUCAAUUAUCUGCCAGCCAGCAACAGUGGAUGACAGAAAUUCAAAGUGCAUUUGAAAGGCUCGACUUAGUCAGAGAAAUAUCUGAUCAGAUGUCAGCUGCUACGGAACAGAAUAGCAAUACUAGGAACAACCAGGCCAUAUCCGCAAAGGUCGAUCCACCAAGCUCAACGUCGCCGCGCUUCCUCAAGCCAUUUGCUUGUGACAAUGAGAACUGCACAUUUAGUUCCAUGUCAAGUGAAGCCCUUUGGAAACAUCUCUCCAAAACUCACAACUACACACUUGAGAUGGUGAAUGUGGUUAAAAAAAGGUAUGGCCAAUAUGCUCCUUUUAAGUGUCAAAAAUGUAGUAAAACAUUCACUCGUAACUCAAACCUUCGCACGCACUACCAGUCAGCUCACAAACUAUCAGCUGAAGAGAUCGCAGAUCUAGAUAAGAAGCGUAGAGAGGCCAAAAUUGCUGCAACCGCUGCUAUUCAAAACUGGCCUGUCACUACAAACCAGGCUCCAGCAGCAACAAACUUGCCCAAGGUUCCUGCUCAACAUGAAAUUGGUCAACAAGUUGGAACCCCUUUGCCCAGAGUGUCGGUUCCUCUUACCCAGGCACUGUCUGCUGCACCUCAGGCUAAUGGGCCUCCGUCUCUUAACAAACAGUGUGCUAUCAACAGGCAGGCAAUAGUUAAGCCAAGCAUAGAGAUUACCAAGAAGGCAAAAGAGAAGAAGCCCAACUCAGAUGAUGCUAUGAGUCCGUACAGACCAUAUCGCUGUGUUCAUCAUGGCUGUGAGGCAGCCUUCACCAUUCAGCACAAUCUGAUCCUCCACUACAGGGCAGUUCACCAGUCUGCUCUGUCAGCAUUGGAGGUGAACAAAGAGCAGGACCAGAGUGAGGUACUAGAUGAAGUAAUGGACCACGAUGAGGAAGAUCCAGAGGCAGAGAUCCCCCAAAUUUCUGAAUUCAGAUGCCAGGUCAAAGACUGCUCCCGAGUUUUCCAAGAAGUUCCCAGCCUUUUUCAGCAUUAUCUCCGGCUGCAUGAAUUCAGCCUUGAUAAGGUUGGCAAUCUGUUGUCUGGCAUCAAGCUCGGCAAGUUUGCCUGUGGCCACCAAGGGUGCACUGCACCCUUCACUGCCUUCUGGAAGUAUAUAGGGCACGUCAAAGAACAGCAUAAAGACAUGAAGUUGGCCAAAUCCGAACAAUUAAAUGGCUCGUUCAAGUGUGAGAUCGAAGGCUGUGACCGUUCGUAUGCCACAAAGUCAAACAUGCUCAGACAUGUCAUGAAAAAGCAUCAGGAUUUGUACCAGUCCAAACGGACUAAAGAAGACAGAAUAAAACAAAACUCUAAGACUUUGCAUUACCAAAUUACCAAGAUGAGUAAUGGGAAGGAAAACAUUGAGAGCAAUAAAAAGAUUCUACAGAGAGGAAGUGACACAAAGAGAGUCAACAAGGCAAAAAAUAAUCACUGGACUAAAUAUGGAAAACCUUCCUUGAAAUCUAAAGUGGAGGCAUCCUCAAUGUGCACUAAGAAGUUUCCUCUACAGUACCCCUGCAUGAUUAAAGGUUGUGAAUCAGUCAUGAAAUCUGAGCGGAGCAUACUAAAACAUUACAUCGGACACGGACUGUCAGAAAAAUACCUGGAACAGCAACGGAGUCAUUUCAUAUUCUGUAAAAAGAUCCCUAGGCAGAAGUGCCGCUCAAUCAGGAGUGACGAUUCCAAAUCAGACAACACCUCUGACGUAUCAGACAACGAGCUGGCAGCAGACGCCGACCUGGAAGGAGAUGAAUAUGGAGAUUCAAAGCCUGUCCUACGUAAAAGGGCCGCAGCAGGGAUGCCCGCCGCGUUGUUUGACAGCAAGCUGUCGAAUGAUGAAAGUUCUGAUGGCUCUGUGGUGCUCAAACGCAAACGGGGACGUCCACGAAAACUGAUUGACAAAAUAGCGAAACGCAAGAAAAUUCCACGAACAACAAAGACCGAUGUAGUUUACAGCAGGGACGACGAGUCAGACUCCUCUUGCCCCACAGUCAUGCAGGAGGAGACAACUGAGCAGAGUGCUCCGCUGGCCUCUUUUAAACCAAUGGGGUUUGAAAUGUCUUUCUUGAAGUUCCUAGAACAGUCAAAUAAAUGUGAACACCCGUUGACGAGGAAGGUGGAUGCAUCAGAAACCUGCAGAAAAACACCCACUCCUAACGCCAAAGACACCUGUGUCAGGUUCAGCAACCGUCAGAACCUGAAAUCACUUAGUAAGGUUAAGAUCAUUAUAGACAGGGCCUUUUCAGGUGUCACUGAGCGUAUGUUGAAGCAGCUGCAGGACAUGUGGCCCACAGUGGUAUUGGAGAAAAAUGACUGAGUUGUCUUUUGUUGUUUUUGAAAAGGAGAAUCUCAGGACUAGAAUGAGUCAAAUCUGCAGACUGGUGCCCUACAUAUGAAAUGUUUUUUUUUACACACCCGGUUGUUUAAAAAAAAAAAAAAACUGUUUUCAAUUAUACUGUAAUAAUGUCUGUACAAUUUUUGUCUUUUUUAAUAGAAUAGUGUAUAGCAUGUUUUUAUUUAUGGACUAUUGAGUCAAAAAGUAAUCAGAACAUUUUGCUGAAAAAUUGAAAUAUGACAUCAGCUUUUGGUGUCUUAAUUAUCCCUGUGGGACUUGCAGACUAAUGAACUAUGGGUUGUAUCGUUGUGUGUAGUUUGUGAUUUGAAGAUGUUGAUUAUUGUGCGUUGUGUAUAUAGUUUGAAAUCACUCACUGCCACCAGCAGUCUUACUAUUAAACAGCUUUUUUACAACCA